CUUGCUCACCAACACCCAUCAUGUCAGAGUACGACCCAAACGAUGCGUGGAUUAUCCUCCUUCCUCUCCUCAUCGUACUUGCCACCUUUCUCUUCCUUCUUCUUCUCUUCCUGCUGUGUAUUGUUCUCAUCCGCAGACGACGUGGUAUUAUUCUUCGCGACAAUGAAGGUCCUGUCGACAUGGCCAGGGAGGAGCUCAUCGAAAGCGAAGGCGGUUUUGAGAUCCUCGAGUCCAGAUGGCUCGAAUCAGUCUCAGAGAGUGUCCGUCGAGAAUAUCUGAGAGCUAGAGAUUAUCAGUUUCAACAUCUCCCAAACUCUCUCCCUACCGACAUCACUCUUUCCCAGUUUCUUUCAAUCCAGGAGAAAGGUGUAUCAGCUUGGUCUUUUGAACCAGACUUUGAUACCGUAAACUCUCUGCUUGUUCAUGCAAGAACAGAAAUCACUUUCCUUCCCGACCCUGCCUCAUCAUCGUGUGUGCAGUCAAAUCUUCCUUUACCCAAGCUGAACGAAGUCUAUUACUGGGAAGUGAAGAUGUUCGAUCUGCCGGAGUCUACAAAUGUUGCAAUCGGGCUCUCCACUAAACCAUACCCUCCUUUCCGACUGCCUGGUUUAAACCGAUAUUCCAUCGCAUAUCAUUCCAAUGGCGACAAAUCUCACAAUUAUCCUUUCACCACAACCUCUUUUGGUUCUUCACUCAAAGAAGGUGAUGUUUUGGGUAUUGGUUAUCGCCCGCGGUCAGGCACCGUCUUCUUCACACGUAACGGUCGAAAGAUGGAGGACGCCUUCACAGGCCUCAAUAAAUGGAAUCUCUUCCCUACUAUCGGCGCCGAUGGCCCAUGCAGUGUCCACGUUAACUUUGGUCAGGCAGGAUUCGUGUUUGUUGAGGCCAAUGUCAAGAAAUGGGGUUUAGCUCCAAGCGUGGGAACACUCGCGCCUCCCCCAGCAUACGGUAGCGAGCGGGGCAGUAUUCUCUUAGACGUAGGGGGACGAGUGCGCCCCACCAGAGACAGCACGCCAUAUGGAACACCAAGUGCCUCCUCGCCUACACCUUCCCGACGUUCCCAUCGUUCGAGACGUGCAGCGAGAACACCUACCGGAGAGGUGCUUGUUUCUUCGCCACUCCGUUCGUCACAAAUGACGCCCCCACCGCCUAUCACACCUAUCGACGAGGAACCCAGUAAUGAACUCGCCACGUCACCGAGAUACGUAUCUCCUACGGACGCUCCCUUUCAUGUACCCCCGAAUGCCAAUAUACCACCUUCUCCUGGUCAAGAGGAGACUGGAAGUAUUUCUUCCUCCGCUUCAUCUGCUACCUCGAGAUCGCAUUCUCCUGUGGAUACAGGCCUAGACACAACAGUACAGGUACACCCACCUCCCGAGUCUCCUUUGAGCCCAGAACCUCCGACGCCCAAUCCUCGUGAUAUCCAUUUGCAGGCUCUGCCACGGUCGGACCAUCGCAGAACGGGAAGCGGGGCGAGUCAACAGCGUCUGGAGGACGAUACACUAGCCACGGCGUCGUUGUCUAGACGGGAUCCCCCCGCUUAUUCUCCUCUGGAUGCAUUGACUUACGCGGAUGGUGUCCAAAUAGAUCUUCCAGCGGAAGUGAUUGCGGCUGCAUUGGAGGGCAGUUCCAUUCCCCCGAACGUGAUUGGGCAAUCCAAUGUCUCCCGCUCAAGUGGGCGGCGGAGUCGACGCCGGUAGGAAGUUGAUCGAUUUGGUUCGUGAAUCAUUGCUAUCUCCCCUGUUUUCACAUUUAUCCUAGCUGUUGUAUUUAUCCGUCCCAGUAUCUCGCAGUAAAGUCAAACCUUCGCUUCGCUAUGUGAAUAAUCGGAGACCUAUCGUCACCAUCAGUAAUGUAUCCGUAUCAAACCUCGAACAAAUCGCUGUCAUUUUUCACUCGGG